UACCGAGUACCCAGUGAAAACAUUGAUCAAUGCUGAUGUUUGCAAUUUAAAGUAUCAAUAUUUGUUGGUUGUGUUACAUUGGAAAUUUUUUCUAUAAUGGCAACAGAUAAUAACAACUUCACUGUGAUAAACAAUUAUAAUAUAACUCGUGUAAGAUAAAUGCAUAAUUUAUUUCAAUAUCUUCAAUAGGUGUUUCACACUUGCUUCAAGCAAGCUGGGAUAUAACGACACCCGUCGGUGAAAGCUGGAAAUCCUAAUCCAAUUACAUUGAUAUGUUUCGUUCAAAUCAUUUGUGAGCAUCUUAAUGAUAUUUGCCAAUUUUCUAACUAUUAAAUACAAGGUAAUUGCCAAAGACAUUGUCUAACUUAACAUACAGAAUGUUGUCAUCAUCUCGAAUAAUGACGCAGACCAUGAAUGCCAUGAAACGUUUAGCUGUCAGACCAAUGUCUGCAAAUGUAGCGGAUGUUGGCAACUAUAAGUUUGAAACACUAGCUGUAACAUCCCCAAAGGACUUUGUACUUCAUGUGGAAUUGAACAGACCUGACAAGUUGAAUGCAAUGAACAACCAAAUGUGGAGUGAUAUGAUAUCAUGCUUUGAUAUUGCAGCCAAAGACUCCAAUGUAAGAGCCAUUGUGGUAUCGGGAAAAGGGAGAAUGUUUACAGCAGGUCUGGACCUCAUGGCUGCUGCAUCAUCACUUGCCCCAGAUCCAAACAGUGACGUUGCAAGGAAUGCAUUUCGAAUACAUGGUUUUAUCAAGUUCGCUCAAGAAAGUUGCAAUUCUAUUGAACGGUGCCAAAAGCCUGUGAUUGCUGCAGUUCACAAUGGUUGUAUCGGAGUUGGUGUAGAUGCAAUAACAGCAUGUGAUAUCAGACUUCAAACAAAAGAUGCAUAUUACUUAGCCAAAGAGAUUGAUGUUGGUUUGGCCCCUGAUGUUGGAACUUUGCAAAGACUGCCUAAAGUAAUUGGUAAUGACAGUGUUGCAAGAGAACUAUGUUUAACCGCCAGAAAACUAGAAGCGGAUGAAGCCAAACAGAUAGGUUUGGUCAGUCGAGUUUAUGAUGAUAAAGAUUCUAUGAUGGAAGCGGCCAUGGAAUUAGCUUCUCUUAUUGCAACCAAGAGUCCUGUUGCGGUCCAAAGCACCAAAAUACAUAUGAAUUACUCAAGGGAUCACACAACACAGGAGGGGCUGGAUUAUAUGGCAUCAUGGAAUGCAGCUAUGUUGCAGACUGAAGAUAUUACAAAAUCAGCACAAGCAUUUAUGGCAAAGAAAACACCAGCAGAUGUCGAAUACUCAAAAUUAUAAACUUGAUUCGCCUAAUUGUAGUAUGCCUGCAACUGCCUUGUAUGAUUCUCUUGGCAUUUCCAGGUCACAAUGGAUCCAUGUGGUAUUUCUUGGACCAUCUUUAUUGAUUAGUAAUUAAGCACCGAUGAUUUUUCCAAUUAUGCAUUGCUUGUACUGAUGAUGCUAUUUUGACCAGGAUUGUAUUGGUACAGGCUUCUCCAGUUGUUCAUCGAAUGAAGCUUCCCAAUUUUGGCCAUCAUAUUUUUCAAUUGUUAUACUUUUCACUGUGGAGUGAUCUAACGAGUUUGGGUUGACGCCUGCAUGAUAUAAUUUAUUUUCAUAUUAUACAAAUGUUAAAAAUGAAAAAUAAAUUCUUUUCUAAUCAUCUGGA